AAGGAAGGAAGGAAGGAAGGGACCUCAGGCCAGGCUCCUCCUCCCUCUCGCUCCUCAGCGCCCUCCUACAUGAGGUGGGGGGAGAAGCAGCGAGGGCAGAAAUGAGCUUCUCGGCAGCCGAGGGAGGGAGUGAGGGGCCGACUCCGGCUCCGGCGCCCCGGGAGGACUGCGCGGGCCCUUCCCCUGCCCGGUCGCCCGGGCCCCGCGGCCUAGGCUGCCUGCCCUCUCGCUUUGUCCCUCGUUUCUGAGGGAGGCCCUUGCCUAGCCUCCGCCUCAGCCCAAUACCUCACACACUCAUUUCGCUCCCUCACACAGACUCAGUCACACACUAGAUUAAACCGAAACGGCACUUGGCUGAGGGGGAGGGGCGAG